UUCGGCCGGUAGAGAAUCAUAAAUAACGGCGCACCUGCCCCUGCAACGCCGUUGAAAACGAGUUUCGCAACAGGUCAAGAAACAACACACCACACUCAUUCACAAUGGGCGACGCAGAGGCACUUCCCGAUUACGUUCUCGACCCCAACGCGGUCCUGAAGGACAAGGAUGCCGCCUGGAGAUAUGGCGCGCCCCCGGACUAUUCCAACACUCGUGCCGUGUACGAGCGCACGAAGAAGCAAUCCCACGAACCGGGCAGCCUGCCCAACCUGGUCGAGAACCUCGUCAAGAACUGGGAGAUCGAGGCCUCCUUCAAGACGUCCCUGGCGGACUGGCGCACAAUCGACCACGAGAAGUACCACGUCACGCUCAACGGCGGACCCCCAUUGUCCGGCGAGUACAUGCUCAAGGUGGGCACCUACAACGCCCUCCUCACCCCGAGCGCGUACUACGAUCCGGCCCACAACGACUUCGAGAUGAGCCACAAGAGCUUCAAGCGGAUGAUGCCUACCUUCGCCUGGGAGGUGACCGAGGUAUACAGUGGCCCCCCUGUUGUGGUCUUCAAAUGGAGACACUGGGGAGAGAUGGCGAGAGAUUAUGUCGGACACAAUGACAAGGGAGAAAAGGUCCGGAUCGAGGCGCACGGCGGCCCGAUCGAUAUCCAGGGUAUCAUUGUCGCAAAGGUGAACAAAGCCCUCCAGUUGGAGCAGAUCAACGUCUGGUUUGACCCACUCGACAUGUUCCGGCAGAUUGCGCGCGGCCGUGAGCAGAUCAAGGUGGAUGAUGCUGAGGUGCCCUCUGGCUGCCCCUUCACCGGUGGCGCCGCCGCAAAGGAGUAGAGUUGACAAAUGACCUUCGUGUUGUGUACUUACUAGAUACCUUGUUCCAUG